UGAUGAUCUGAGCUGGGUGCUAAUCGUCGAAAAAGAGACACUCUGUCGAUAUCAACUGGCAAGCCAUCCAUCUAUGCCUGGACAUGGUAUAAUCAUCACGGGCAAAGGCUAUCCUGAUGUCGCAACCAGACAGCUCGUCAAGACACUCUCAGAUAACCUGCCAGACUGCGUUCCUUUGCUCGCGCUUGUCGACGGAGACGCUUACGGACUGGACAUAUUGUCGGUCUAUAGAUACGGUAGCGCAGUAAUGCAGCACGAGAGCGAACAUCUCGCCGCAGGCAGGGUCAAAUGGCUGGGAAUUCGGACCAGCGAAUUGGCAGGACUGGGAGUUGCAAAAGAAGCUCUGAUACCCAUCAUAAAACACGAUGAGAAGAAGGCACAAGCAAUGCUGCGGCGUACUAAUCUUCCCAAGAAGUGGCGGUGGGUCUUCUAAUUGCACCCACGCCGCGAGAAGCUGACAAACGAUGAGCGCUGUGAUUGUUCGGAACCAAUGUUAGGAAGGAACUGCAAUACAUGCUUCACAAUCGUCGCAAAGCGGAAAUCGAGAUCCUCUACAAUGUCGUUUGUCCUCCGAUUCACCCUUUGCAUGACGACAGCCUUCCUCUAGCGAGUUCGGAUGCCAUUUUGAGCUCAAGUGUUCCGGUGCAAACCACGAUGGACUCACCUUUCAUCCGUUACCUGGCGGACAAGGUCUCCGGUGCCGUCAGCAAGCUCUCGAAAUGACAGACGUCAUCCGAAC